UGGACGGUGGUACGUAUGCGUUUUUGUUAUCGGGUGCUGAAGCUAUGCUACGAUGUAUUAGCGAGGCGACACGCGUAACUACACGCCUCGCGGUUUUAACAGACGUUUUAGAUUCUCACACGCGGUCCAGAGUAUUGACAAACCUCAGAAUGAACGAUCCAGCAGUGAAGAGGGUGGUGAGCGACAUUAUUCGCUCUCCAGAAGAUAAGCGGGAAUACAGGGGACUGGAGUUCACUAAUGGCCUCAAAGCCAUUCUGAUCAGUGAUCCCACUACAGACAAGUCAUCAGCAGCACUCGAUGUCCACAUAGGUUCAUUGUCGGAUCCUUUAAACAUUGCUGGUUUGGCUCAUUUUUGUGAGCACAUGCUGUUUUUGGGCACAAAAAAAUAUCCCAAAGAGAACGAGUACAGUCAGUUCCUGAGCGAACAUGCCGGGAGCUCCAACGCUUUCACCAGUGGCGAGCACACCAACUACUACUUUGACGUAUCCCAUGAGCAUCUGCAAGGAGCGUUGGACAGGUUCGCUCAGUUCUUUCUGUGUCCUCUGUUUGACGAGAGCUGUAAAGACCGCGAAGUCAACGCUGUGGCCUCGGAGCACGAGAAGAACUUGAUGAACGAUGCAUGGAGAUUAUUUCAGCUGGAGAAGGCCACUGGGAACCCUGAUCAUCCUUUUAGCAAGUUUGGAACAGGCAAUAAGCUGACCUUGGAAACGCGACCAUCCCAGAAAGGCACUGACAUUCGCCAGGAGCUGCUGAAAUUCCAUUCAACAUUUUAUUCUUCCAACCUGAUGGGACUUUGUGUUUUGGGAAGAGAAACUCUAGAUGAUUUGACAUCUAUGGUGAUUCAACUAUUUGGAGAGGUUGAGAACAAAUCUGUGCCUAUCCCAGAAUUCCCACAGCAUCCCUUCCAGGAGGAGCAUCUUAGGCAAUUCUACAAGGUUGUGCCCAUUAAGGACAUCAGGAACCUGUAUGUGACUUUUCCUAUACCUGACCUACAGAAGUACUACAAGUCAAACCCUGGCCAUUAUUUAGGCCACCUAAUAGGGCAUGAGGGUCCAGGGAGCCUGCUGUCUGAGCUAAAAUCUAAAGGUUGGGUAAAUACUUUGGUUGGAGGUCAAAAAGAAGGAGCCAAAGGAUUCAUGUUCUUCAUCAUUAAUGUGGAUUUAACAGAAGAAGGACUAUUGCACGUAGAGGACAUUAUCCUUCACAUGUUCCAGUAUAUUCAAAAGCUACGCACAGAGGGCCCACAGGAGUGGGUUUUCCAGGAAUGUAAGGAUUUGAAUGCUGUGGCCUUCAGAUUUAAGGAUAAAGAACGCCCACGUGGAUACACAUCCAAAGUAGCUGGACUUUUGCACUAUUAUCCAUUGGAGGAAAUCCUUGCUGCAGAAUACAUGUUGGAGGACUUCAGACCAGACCUCAUAGAGAUGGUGCUGGAUAAAUUGAGACCAGAGAAUGUGAGGGUUGCUGUGGUUUCCAAGUCAUUUGAAGGACAGACUGAUAAGACAGAAGAGUGGUAUGGAACACAGUACAUGCAGGAAUCUAUAUCUGAUGAGGUCAUUAAGAACUGGCGAAAUGCAGACCUCAAUGGUAAGUUCAAACUGCCAAUGAAGAAUGAGUUCAUCCCCACCAACUUUGAAAUUUACCCCCUCGAGAAGGACUCCCCAUCCAAUCCCACUUUGAUCAAGGAUACUGCGAUAAGUAAAGUAUGGUUCAAGCAGGAUGAUAAAUUUUUCUUGCCCAAGGCCUGUCUCAACUUUGAAUUCUUUAGCCCCUUUGCGUAUGUGGACCCAUUGCACUGUAACAUGGCAUAUUUGUACCUUGAACUUCUUAAGGACUCUCUCAACGAGUAUGCAUAUGCAGCCGAGCUAGCUGGCUUGAACUAUGAUCUCCAAAACACCAUCUAUGGGAUGUAUCUCUCAGUAAAGGGCUACAAUGACAAGCAGCACAUCCUGCUGAAGAAGAUCAUCGAGAAAAUGGCCACAUUUGAGAUUGACGAGAAACGUUUCGACAUCAUCAAGGAGGCGUAUAUGAGGUCUCUGAAUAAUUUCCGGGCAGAGCAGCCUCACCAGCAUGCCAUGUAUUACUUGCGUCUCCUGAUGACUGAGGUGGCUUGGACCAAAGACGAGCUCAAAGAAGCACUAGAUGAUGUCACACUGCACCGCCUCAAGGCCUUUAUACCUCAGCUGUUGUCACGGUUACAUAUAGAAGCCCUGCUGCAUGGCAACAUUACCAAACAGUCUGCGCUCAGUAUGAUGCAGAUGCUGGAGGACACGCUAAUUGAGCAUGCUCACACCAAGCCCCUCCUUCCAAGCCAGCUGAUUCGCUACAGGGAGGUGCAGGUGCCAGAUGGUGGUUGGUAUGUGUACCAGCAGAGGAAUGAGGUCCAUAAUAACUGUGGCAUAGAGAUUUACUACCAGACGGACAUGCAGGCUACACAUGACAACAUGCUGUUGGAGCUCUUCUGUCAGAUCAUCAAUGAGCCCUGCUUCAAUACACUGCGCACCAAGGAACAGCUGGGCUACAUUGUGUUCAGUGGCCCACGUAGGGCUAACGGCGUUCAGGGGCUUCGUUUUAUCAUCCAGUCUGAGAAAGCGCCUCACUACCUCGAGUCACGGGUGGAGGCCUUUCUCAAGACCAUGGAAAAGUAUGUUGAAGAUAUGAGCGACGAAGACUUCCACAAGCACAUCCAGGCCCUGGCCAUCCGCCGCCUUGACAAACCCAAGAAGCUGGCAGCUGAGUGCGCUAAGCAUUGGGGCGAGAUCAUUUCCCAGCAGUACAACUUUGACCGAGAUAAUAUUGAGGUUGCCUAUCUGAAGACUUUAACAAAGGACAACGUUAUGCAGUUCUACAAGGAUCUGUUGUCUAUCGAAGCUUCUAAGAGGCACAAGGUGUCCGUGCAUGUUCUGUCUCGGGAGAUGGACUCCUGCCCAGUGGUGGGCGAGUUUCCAGCUCAAAACGACAUCAAUCUCGCUCCUGCUCCUUCUCUGCCUCAGCCGGUGGUGGUCCAGGACAUGACCGAGUUUAAGAGGAGUCUGCCUCUCUUCCCUCUUGCUAAACCUCACAUCAACUUCAUGGCUGCCAAACUGUGAUCCACACCAUUUGAAGACUUCGCCGGGUUCGACAUGCAGCACCCCUGAUUUUAGAGCCAGUAACACCAUCUUUUGUCUGUUUGUGUGUGCGUGUGUGUUUGUGUUUGUGUGUAUGACUUGGUUAGAAGUGCAGCAGUGAUGAGUCCCCCUGUUGGCUCCACUGUGCGAUCACAGCCUGGUCACCUAGGAGCCGUUUAAAAAUCACAUCUCAGACAGCUGUUUUAGUGAAUACGAAAAAUUGAUUUAAUCAGGAAUAGUUCAUGUAGGCACUGAGUGCUGACCACAGGGAACGUUUUACUUUCAUUUCGGACAUGCUGGAAAUACUUUCUUUACUCUGCUUCUUGAAUCAACAUCUUAGCAAUCAAAACCAUUUUGCCCUCGAUAUAUUUACCCAGAAUCUGCGCAGUGAUUUUUUUUUUUUUUUCGCGUGUUGGUUAAAAAAGUUUGCAGUUCAACAUUUUGUGUUUUUACUCCUAUUUAUUACUUUUAAGACCAAGGAACAAUUUUUUUUGUUAAAUUUAAUCUCGUCACACAGUCCGAUGGGUUAGCAGUUUCGCUGCUUUCUUCUUUUAAUCCCGAAGCUUGUGAGCACCAUCAGCAAGUUGACGUGUGAUCGGGUUAUUCGAAUGUCACCUUCAGCUUCCGAACACUACAGACGGCACACAGCAUCUGCCUUAUGGAAUAUUCCGCUCCAUGUUCAUUAGCUAAUCCUGACGAUUUGAGUUUUACAUAGUGUACAGUCAAAACGGCUGCCAUUGGGGUCAUCAGAUUUUGGGUAAAUGGAGAUCAUAUUGAAUUGCUAGAACAUUGACGUAUUGAGCUCAUUCACCCAGAACUGUAUCACUUUGAGUUUGAAAAUCCUCAUAAACUGUCUACACAUGGUUUCUGUACUAGAGAUAUUUUGGCCUUAAGUAAAAGAAAACUAUUUUAAAUCCAAUGGUCAGGUUUAAAAAAAAGAAAAAAAACUAUUUUAUUUGUUAAAAGUGUUGGAGGAGCUGUUUUAGGCUACAGAGUCGAUGGGCAUGAAACAGUUUUAUCAGAUUGUUUUCUUAAGUAUCAUACUCAAAGUGAUUGUUAUGGCUUUUUAUUUGAAGUUGAAGGAGAACUUUAAUAAAUCAUUUUUAAAUAUGAUUUUAAUUUUGGUAAUGUUUCUUGGGGGGGUCUUGUUAGUGUCAAAACACUGUCACUGUUUCCACCUUCUGUAGUUGUUGUGGUGUUUGUGUUUACACUGAUGAGAGAAAUCACUCACUGCCUGUUGGUUAUUAUUUUGUUUGUUUUGAACUCAUUAUCGCUUGAAUGUGAACGCGGGACACGGCUGUGUGGUUUAAUCCACUGGAUAUAAAUAUGCACCUCUCAUUCAGAGCAAUAACACUGGCAGGGCGCGUGUCCUUAACCUGACUUCUCGUAUGAUUUUGUUAGGUCUAGAUCAGGUUUGGAAGCACUUCAGAGCAGUUUUUCCCCACGUCCCGUUUCCUCUGCAUGGUGCAUGUGGUGGGAGAUGAGCAUCUCAGGUCUCGACAUGCCUUGCCAAGUGUAACCACUGCACUGUUGCUUUCUGUCAGGCAAAAACCAGCUUUAUUUUUGAUCUCUGGCACACACUCAGGCCUGCAUUUAUAAUGCUGCAUUUACUAGAUAAAUUCUACACAAUGACUGCAGGCUGGGGCACAGGGGUUUCCUCUAAGGAUCAUACGCUUUCUCACUGUUGUACAAGGUUUAUCUACUCUGAGUGAGAAAUCUCCCGUUUCCAGUAUUUAUUUUUGAAGCCCCAGACUCUUAAUACGUUGCUGUACAGCGCUUUCAGCCAGCAGUAGAGAGUGUGGAACGUUUGGAAUGGCUCCUUUAAAUAGUUAGACCAAUUGUUUCCCAGCAUAAAUGUUGAAAUUUGAGGGGAGGAAAAAAAAGCAGUUGGGUUGCUGAGGGGAAAAGUUGCAAAAUACAGCAAAUUAGUCUGUUACAAGGUGACAUCAAAUGCAUAAUGAUUUGACUAAGAAAGAAAUCUGAAACGAAUGAUGAGCUUCAGUCAGCAUGUGAAAGAACGGCUGGGACGUAACUCUUUAAAAGCCCGUAGACAGAUUUAACGUUUUCUGAAUGGUAAUGCUACGUGUGAGACUGUCAAACAAUUAAAAAUGAUCAAAUGAA